CACCAGGCUCAAGUGUACCGUGAAUUAGAGCACCUGUGGGCCUAUAUGGACCACUCCUGUUCCAAAAACACCCGGCUACUGGCCUGUUCUAUGUACCUGCCCAAGUGCACGCGCCGAGGUCCGCCCAUCGGCCCGUGCAAAAGGACGUGCAUGACCGCGCGGAGAAAGUGCGCCCGGCCCCUUAACCGGAUGCUGGGUCUGACCUGGGGCGACAAGUUCAGCUGCCGGACCCUCCCAAACAGACGGUGCCUGAAGCCUGUUCGUGACCGCAGAUGCCGCUACCAACACCCCAACUGUGUCAGCAACUCCCCGCUCAACGUGUGUGCCAACCUGACCUUCACCUGGGGGACCCUGCCCAACAUGUAUCAUCAGUGCCAUCUAGACGUGCGUACUUCUAAUAUCAUAUUUUAAAGUGACCCUCCCGGU